AUGACUCGGCGUGCGACAAACAAGACCCUGCAAAUCUUGGAUGCAGCGGAAAAAGGCCGAUAUGGCGUUCUUGCAGCAAUUGCCUAUAACGUCGAACAUAUCACUGCAUUCGUCCGAGCAGCCGAAAACCGCAAGUCGCCGUUAAUCAUUCAAUUAUUCCCUUCGGCGCUGACCCAAACACCAUCACUUGUUCAUGCAGCCGCAGCCGCAGCGAGAGCAGCCUCUGUUCCUAUCUCACUUCAUCUCGACCACGCACAGGAUUAUGAUCAGAUCAAAGAGAUCGCUGAUACCCUCCCCUUUGACUCGAUAAUGGUAGAUAUGAGUCAUUAUGAGAAGGAGGAAAACUUAGAAAGAACCGCAUCUUUGCGUGAAUAUUGUCACGCUAGGGGAAUAUCGACGGAGGCCGAGACGGGGCGAAUCGAAGGUGGUGAAGAUGGGAUUAUGGACACAGGUGAUUUGGAAGGAAUCUUAACUAGCCCUGAAGAUGUUGAAGACUUCAUACGUGCGGGGGUUGACUAUCUGGCUCCGAGUGUUGGCAACCUUCACGGUGAUUAUGGUCCCAAAGGGCCGCAACCAGACAUGGACCGGCUUCGCGGAAUUUUCAAAGCACUUAAUGGGCGCGCCCGAUUGGUGUUACAUGGAACCAACGACUUUUCCCCAGAGCUGUCGAAAGCGUGUAUCGAAGCAGGUGUCUCCAAGUUCAAUGUCAACAAGCUCGUUUUGGACCCGUGGUAUGACUAUAUCAGAGCUAAUAUCAACAAGCCUAUAACACAGGUGAUUGAUGAGGGAAUUGAGGUUCUUAUACAGUCAAUGGAGCGGUGGAUGGACAUAAUGGGCAGCAGUGGAAAGCCAUCUAAAGGCGAGCAUACUUAA